UCGACGCUUCUUCUGCCAGUCUGAGCGAUGGAGUGACGGGGGAGAGUCUCAAAACUUAAACUUUAAACUUUAGACUUAGGCUUGAGGAGGAAUAACGGCAUUUAUACACCCAAACGGCCUUCGACUGCUCUGACCGCGGCCUCCGCUGUACCGCCCGCACCGCCCCCCAGUCUUCCGAGUUACGGUUACCGGAGCUGGACGAGCCGCCAGCCGCCAGUAAAGCACCAAACCCCCGCAAGCGGCAGCUCCCUCCCUGCAGCAGUCAUGUCGACCGCCGGAGACUUUGGAAACCCUCUGAGGAAAUUCAAGCUGGUGUUCCUCGGAGAGCAGAGCGUUGGGAAGACUUCACUGAUCACCAGAUUCAUGUAUGACAGCUUUGAUAAUACCUACCAGGCCACAAUAGGAAUUGAUUUUUUGUCGAAAACGAUGUACCUUGAGGACAGAACAAUCAGGUUGCAGCUCUGGGACACAGCAGGCCAGGAGCGCUUCCGUAGCCUCAUUCCCAGUUACAUCCGUGACUCGGCCGCCGCUGUGGUAGUAUACGACAUCACAAAUGUCAACUCCUUCCAGCAGACAACAAAAUGGAUUGAUGAUGUCAGAACAGAGAGAGGAAGUGAUGUCAUCAUCAUGCUGGUUGGGAACAAGACAGAUCUUGCUGACAAAAGACACAUAACAACUGAAGAGGGAGAACAGAGAGCUAAAGAAAUGAAUGUUCUGUAUAUCGAAACGAGCGCAAAGACAGGAUACAAUGUGAAACAGCUUUUCCGGCGCGUGGCUGCCGCGCUGCCCGGCAUGGAGAGCACACAGGACAAGAGCAGAGAAGACAUGAUCGACAUAAAGCUGGAGAAGCCUCCGGAACAGCCGGUCAGCGAAGGCGGCUGUUCCUGCUAAAGCCUUGUCCCUCUGCGUCCUCUGUCUCUAUUGCUUUCUCUAUCUCACACUCCUCUUUCACUUUCUCGCUCUCUCUCUCUCUUUCUCUCUCUCUGUCUCUAUCUCUCUCUCGCUCUUCCCACUCCCAGCUGCAGUAUCAGUGCACCUCCCCAGCCUGGAACCAGAAGAACACUACUUGUCCAUCAUCCUCAGCGCCAUGCUUUCUGCUGACUCACUGAGAUGACCUUAAGCUUACCAAGCACAAUGUGGAUGUGAAAGGUGUUGCUUAUUUUUUGCGUUAAGUUUUUGAUUUGUUUUUCAGUAACACUCCAGUAUGGGGGACAUUAUAACGCCCUUAUAAUGAGCCUUAACAAACCAGGAGUUCAUAAUGAACUGGCUGCUAAUAACUACAUUAUUAAGCAGCAAAUGGGGUGAAUUAAGCAUUUUCCAGUGCACUUAUGUCCUGAUUAAGCUGUUUCAAGCACGUAGUUGGUACUUGACUAUCAUUGUUGGUUAUCCAUCAUUUGUUUUCAAAAGUCUAAAUGGACAUUUGACCUAUUGGUUGAUAGUCUAGUAUUUCAUCACUGUCCAAAAAAUAUAUAUCUCCAUUUUUUUUUAUUAUUUUAUCUACAUGGUUGGAGCACACCAGCCACCCAUUACAAUGUGUGAAAAUUUGAUGACGAAUGGGCCAACAGAAAUACUCCAAAAUUGCUUGGAAUAAAACCUCUUUACAUUAACUUACAUAAAAAGUAAUGCCAUUUCCUGUAAAGUUGCCAUUUUGGAGAAACUUGUUUUUCUUUGGGCAGCAAUAUAAUAUGAUAUCUGUCAUGUAAAUAAUGCAUGUAAACCGAAAAGCAAAGAAAUUUCAGAUUAUUUUUCCUUGGUCUUGACUCUCAAUAAGGCGUAAUAAGAGCAUCUCAAGUUCUCUGGAAAAUACUUCAUUUACUGUGAUGAUGUAAUUGUCAGCCAGUAAGUCAUUAUUGGCUAGAUGAGGCUUAAUAAGGGCUUAAUAAUGGACAUCUACAAUGCAAAACAUUAUGAUGACACAACUGUGCUCUGGAAAUUGUUCAGUUCACUCUAUUUACUGCUUAAUAUGCAGUUAUAAGCAGCCAGUUAAUUACAUGUGUUGCUACUGGCAUGUUGAGGUUCUAUAAGUGCAUUAAAAGUGUAUCAUAAUGUCCUCUAUGCUGAAGUGCUACCUUUUUUGUUAUUUUUUGGCAAAACACUUAUGUUUGUUGGCACUGUACCUUGAAUGGAUAAGCAGUUAUGCCACAGUUAUGGAGGCUCACAUGAUGUGCAAUUGGGAGAUCUGUGGAUCUGUUCUGUGAGCAAUGAACAAUUACAAUAAAUUAUAACCAUUACUGAUGAAAUUGAGUACUUUAAAAUAUGGUUAACAGAGUCUUUCAGUGCUAAAUGGACUGUAGGGGUGGGCAAUAUGACAAUAUUUAUCAUUAUCGUGAUAAAUUACGUCACAAUAUGCUUUUCCGAGCAAAUUGUGGAUGUUGUCAGUGCUUAACAUUGACCAACUGCAGUUUUCAUUGCAAAUAGUCUAAUUGGGGCUGUUUACUGGAUUUUGAAUUAACAUCUUGAUGUUCAUCGUUUGUGUUAGUACUUAUUUUAAAUGUGGCACCAUCGAACCUCAAAAAAACAAAAAAAAACUAUCAAGUAAAAAUGUCUUUAAAUAUCACAAUAUUAUAUUUUUGCCAUAUCACCCACUCCUAAUAGAAGUACUUCACAUGCCAUGCAAGCUGUCAGAAGUCAAAACUUGCACAGGGUAUUGUUGGGAACGCAAACUAAAGGCAUGUCCUAAAUGUUUACGGAGUUUCAGGAAUUAUCCAAGUCUGGCUAUGCAGGGGUGUUUCUGUCAUUGGAAAAAUAAUGAGUCAGUUUCCGUUAUUUGACACGUUACAGAAGCUCUUGUAAACACAGAGCUAUUUUCACAGCCUCAACUCAAGUCUGGCUAUUUUUUUUUCACCUCAGCUGCCAUUUUUCGUCUUCUUUUUCGAGUAGCACAGUAGAAGAAAAGUACGGUUAUUACUACAGUAGGUUUUUUUUGUAUAUUAAGGGAAGUAUCCUAGACAGUACAUCACCUGAUAUAUCAAUAUGCAGCCAUGCCUUUAAGAGUUUAUUUUAUAGGGCUUCCGUUGGCUAGCAUUGUAAAGUUUGAUUUAAUGUAAUAUUGACACUUUAGCUGUUUCUUUUUCUGAUUGGUUUGUUGAAUCAGCCAUGUUCUGUAAUAUUUAUUUCUACUUGAUCAUGUCGCUUUGUUUCCUUUUUAAUUUUCUUCAUUAUGUUGUCAUAAAUCACACUUAUUCUUUUUUAGAACCACCCUAUUUCCCACCCAAAUCCUCCCAUGGGUAGCAGAUUUGAAGCUCAAGAUACAGUGCACUUGUGUGGUGUUCUUACAGUUUUCCCUAGUUUUGUUUCUUCCCUGGAGGAAAGUCCAUGUCUGGUAGCUGUUGCCUCCAGUGUUUUGAUUUGUUUUGUUUUUUAAUCUGUCACCGCCGUGUGCUGCUGUGAUGCUGUGUACAAACGCUCAUAAUUUGCACUGCUAGACUACAUCAGUGUCUUAUUGACAUCCCUAAUAAAUACCUUUAUUUAGUAACUAUGAAAA